GCGAGUUAAAAAAUGUCCCAAAAGGAAGUAGCUCCGCAUCCAUACUCGGCGUAAACAUGGUCAGUCUCUUAAGAACGACAAUCUUUUAAAACUACGACGGGACAUGAUUACGAAUUUGCAAAAUAUUUUAAAUUGUUAGCUAAACGUUUGUAGAGGCAACUGAAGAACCGAAAUGUCAGGAGCCCUUGCACGGCUGUUAUUUUAUCCUACCUUGGCGUACAAUGUUGUUAUGGAGAAAGUGUCGUCCAGACGGUGGUUUGACCGUGUGGACCAGACUGUCAUUCUAGGUGCACUGCCUUUUAAAUCAAUGACCGAGGAGUUGGUGCAGAGAGAAAAUGUGAGAGGAGUGAUCACUAUGAACGAGGAGUAUGAAACCAAGUACUUCUGCAACUCUGCUGAGGAGUGGAAGGCUGCGGGGGUGGAGCAGCUGCGCCUCAGCACGGUGGACCUGACGGGAGUGCCCCGCAUGGAGGACCUGCACCGGGGGGUGGAGUUUGCCCUGGGGGUGAAGGAGCGGGGCGCCAGCGUCUACGUCCACUGCAAAGCCGGCCGCUCCCGCAGCGCCACGGUGGUCGCGGCCUACCUCAUCAAGUUACACUGCUGGAGUCCAGAGGAAGCGUGCCAGACGCUGAGGUCCAUACGCCCGCAUGUGCUGGUCCGCAAGGCACAGAUGGAGUUGCUGCGCAGUUAUUACCAACAGGUGUGCAACAGCCAGCCCACAUAGGGCCAGCGAUGCCCACCCUGUAGCACAAUAAACAUAUGGCAUCUCCA